AUGGCGAGGUCAAAGGUUAUUGUAACGCGUCAAUUGUUUGAUGAAGCGCAAAGACUUCUUGAUGCAAAGAAGGACGAGCUAGAGGUUGUGCAAUGGCCGUCCGAAAAGCCCUGCGACCGAUCAUGGCUCCUCGAACACGCAAAAGGAGCAACAGGAAUCCUUGUGAUGCUCUCGGACAAAGUCGAUGAAGAGCUUUUGGACGCAGCUGGAUCCCAACUCAAAGUUAUCGCCUCAUUCUCUGUCGGCACCGACCAUGUGGACCGGGGCGCACUCAAGUCACGCAACAUCCGACUCGGCUAUACGCCUACAUGUCUCACAGACGCAGUCGCCGAUCUCACUAUUAUGCUCAUCUUGAUGGCGCAACGGAGAGGAGGAGAGUCGAUAUCGAUGGUUCGCAACGGCGAGUGGCCACAGAAGCCUUGGCAUCCUCUACUUAUGACCGGACCACAGAUUCGCGGGUCAACAGUGGGGUUCUUAGGGUUCGGAAGGAUCGCGCAAGCUACACUGAAAAGACUGCUGCCAUUUGGAAUCAAAAAGGCGCUCUAUCUUACUUCGACGCCUGGAAAGCCGGUAAAGGAGGAUCAUUUUGGACUAGUCCAGGAGGCUGCGAUUCCUAUCGAGUCAGCAACUGGAGCAGAUCAACUUGCGAAAGAGAGUGACGUCGUCAUCGUGGGAUGCGCGCUCACACCUAGCACAAAGCAUCUCGUGAGCACCGAUUUCUUCAACAAGAUGAAGAAACUCGCUGUGGUUGUGAAUAUCGCACGAGGGCCCGUCAUCGAUACCGAUGCGCUGGUCAGAGCACUAGACGAGGAGCAGAUCUUUGGUGCCGGGCUAGAUGUGAUUGAGAAUGAACCAAACAUUCAAGCGGAUCACCCGAUACUGAAGCAACCACGAUGUGUUCUGGUACCGCAUAUCGGGUCAGCGACUAUCGAGACGAGAGAGCAGAUGGCGACAGAAUCAGUGAAGAACGUGUUUGCCGGUCUGACAGGAGCGGCAAUGGUGAACGAAGCCGAACUAUAG